UAAUCUGCUUGUAAUUUAUUCUGAUGACGAUCGGGUUCCAAAGUUUGAAAUGACGAUCGUUAAUCAGAAUAUACUUGCAAUAGUCGCAAUUGCUUCGAAAGGCAUGGAAAGUAUGGCUGGUAGAUAUGAUUUGAGGUCGUUUAUUAAUCAUCGGGGACAGAUCCUGUAA